GUCACACUACAAAUUUUCCAACAGUCUUUCAUAUUCCGGAAAACAAAACAAAAUUAAUUAAGUAAUUAGAAGAGAAGAGUCCAGGAAAAUGCACAGGGAAUCACGGUGAUUAAACGGGAAUGUGGAGAAGUAUCGAAGCGUAAGAAUCGACGGCGACGUCAGCCCACAAUAACACCACCCACGAGCAACAAUAACAACAAUACAACUAAAACGGGAGACUACUGCAAAUAUACACACACCUACAAAAAUCAAAAUAAAAAGGCAAGAAGUUAGCUCCCGUUUUGCUCUGGACGGUGGCAGUGAAAGUUGACGAAUGCGGAGCAGUUCGUGGCUGGCGGAGCAGCAGCUGGGCAACCGGAAGCGGAUAGCGGAUGUAACUCAAUAGCAAUAUUUAAAAGGAACAACAUUAAACAUAUAAUAUAUAGAUAACAAAGAUAACACCGCCUUAGCCUUAGUGAAAAACAACGAGGAGACGACCACUCCAAAACCAAAUCAAAUCAAACCAAACCAAUCAAAUCAAAAGCCAGGCAACUACAAUCCCAAAUAAACCAACAAAAUGUCCUCGCCCAGUGCCGGAAAGCGACGCAUGGACAACGAUGUGAUCAAGCUGAUCGAAUCGAAGCACGAGGUGACGAUCCUGGGAGGCCUCAACGAGUUCCACGUCAAGUUCUUCGGUCCAACGGAGACGCCCUACGAGGGCGGCGUGUGGAAGGUGCGCGUCUACCUGCCCGACAACUAUCCCUUCAAGUCACCGAGCAUCGGUUUUGUAAACAAGAUCUACCAUCCGAACAUUGACGAGUCCUCUGGGACGGUGUGCUUGGAUGUGAUCAAUCAGGCCUGGACGGCGUUGUACGAUCUAUCGAACAUCUUUGAAUCGUUCUUGCCGCAGCUGCUCACAUAUCCCAAUCCGGUCGAUCCGCUCAAUCGGGAUGCGGCCGCAUUGUACCUGCACGAGCCGGAGGAGUACCAUCGCAAGGUGGCCGACUAUGUGCAGCGGUAUGCCACCGAGGACGCGUUGCGGGCGGCGCAACAGGAGCGGGAGAGCAGCGACAGCGAGUCGAGCAUGUCCGACUACAGUGAGGAUGAGGCCAGGGACAUGGAGUUAUAAUAUCGGUUGGACCGCCAGCCUACGGAACUACCGCUAACACUAACACUGACAACAGCCUAAUACAAAUGCUUCGGGAAUCCAUUAUCCUGCCACCCAAUCUCCCCAACCAAACACACUCACAUACACUUUCAAUAUACCCCUUCAGUUGGCGAUGGAACAACAAAGAACAAUAUAUAUAUAUAUAUAUAUAUAUACACACACAUAUAUAUAUACAUAAUUGAUAAAUGAUAAUUGGAUUUUAAGAUAGAAAGUGAUUCGAUGAUGGCGUGUGAUGAUCUGCGCACACACGCACAUACAUAUAAAUAUAUACAUAAAAUAUAUAUAUAUACACUAAUAUAAGCAGCAAGAAAAACAAGAUUUAAAAACUCUUAGUUUAGCCAUCAGUAGCUGAUAACAAAACGGAUUGGAGCAACGAUCGUAACAGAUCAUAGCAGAUAUAUAGACCAUAACAAAAAAUGGAACGGAUAAGAGCAAAAUGGAAACAAACAGAAUAGAAACACAAACAAACAAACAAACAAACAAAACCGAUUAAAUACAGAUAACAGAGAUAAAAGCAUAGAUGCAAGCGCAAUUUAAAUGGUUAUAGUAAGUGCACAUGCAAUGCGAAAUAUGACGAGAAAUUGCUUUGGCCUUGAUCUGGCAUUAAACAGACUUCGAUGCUCGUUCUUUAGAGUUUAGCAAUGGAGUAACAAAGUUGAUAGAAAACGUAUCGUAAACACAAGUACCACCAUCCAACAUAAGUUUUUGGAAAGUCCUCACCACAUUAAUACCACACGACGAUAACCCAAUAUCCAAUUUGCAAUCUAGAUCGAUAAACAAAUUGCGGAUUAUAUGUUCUUACUUUAUAUGUUCUUGUACUUUAUAUGUUUGUCUUGUUUUGCUCUGUUUAAUUGUGAAAGCGACUUUUGAUUGUCUGCAUAUAUGUAUUAAGAAAUUUGUAAACCGCAGAAAAUCAUCUGACUUAGCAGAACUUUCCCUGCCUAAAAACAAAAAAUAUAUCAAAAGAGAAGUACGAUCGAUACUAAAUAAAAACGAAAUAGAAAGCCAAGAUAAAUCCUAGAGGAAACGCUUGGAGACGAUUGCGUGGAACAGACAGAAUAAUCGUUGCAGUUCUUUUUCUUGUUAAUUAAUCUUAUCAUACGGUUAUUAUGUAAUAUUUUAAAAUAGGAUUCGAAUUGAUCGUGUAAUUAAAUGCAAUAAUUCUUAUGUCUAACUUAUGUCACCCGUGUUUAAGCCAAAAGCAUAUAUAUUUUUUUAUUAUAAUACAUUUUGCCUUUACACCAAA